AUGCAUCGCGUGCAGCGCCUCUUUCAUGGCGUCGGUCGACCUCUCGUCUCCUCAAAGGUCGCAACCGCUGCCGGGCGCCAGCACCACCAGCGCAGGCGAGGGAUUGUGACAGAAGCCGACGUGGAGUCAGCGCGCAAGUACUGCGUCAACCAGUUGCGGCAUGGCGACUACGACUCCUACCUCUUGCGGCAGUUCGUCCCGCGCUCCUCCCAAGACUGCUACAAUGCCCUACGAACUCUCAACCUCGAACUCGCGCGCCUACCCGAGACCGUGUCCAACCCGACGAUAGGCCGCCUGCGCAUGCAGUUUUGGCGCGAUUCAGUCAGUGCCGUGUUUGCGGGCUCGCCACCGCGUGAACCCAUCUGCAUCUUGCUGCACGAGGCACUCCGCAAACUCGCAGUGCGGCCCGGCGGUCGUGGCAGCUCCAAGUCGAUCAAGUUCUGGUUGACGCGCUUCAUCAACACGCGCGAGCAAUACAUGGAUAACAGGCCGUUUGCGUCGCUUGCCGCUCUGGAGGAAUACGCAGAGAAUACCUAUUCCACGCUGAUGUAUAUGACGCUGGCGUCGAUGCCGCUGCGCUCCGUCCACACAGAUCAUCUAGCUAGCCAUAUAGGAAAGGCGUGCGGCAUCGUUGCAGUCCUGCGAGGGAUUCCGGUCUUGUCAGCACCGGCGCCGCCUAUCCAAUCACCCGCUGGUUCUAGCACCGGCAGAAGCCAAGCUUUACUCUUGCCUCUGGAUGUAAUGGCAGAGACAGGAGUCCGGGAGGAGGACGUCUUUAGGCACGGGCCAGAUGCCGAAGGGCUUCAGGAUGCAGUCUUUAAUGUGGCAACUAGGGCAAACGACCACAUCAUCACAGCGCAAGAGAUGCUCAAGAAUCUAAAAGCCGGUGCGAGCCCUGGCCAUGAUUUCGAGCACGAAGGCGAGGAGGAACAUGUGUAUCCUGCCAAAGAUUUUGGCGGAGGAGAUAGCACAGAGGCAGACCUGCGCCGCGGAUUUGGCAUGUUGCUCGAGGCUGUACCAGCCAGGGACUUCUUGUCACGGCUCGAGGCCGCCAACUUUGACCCUUUCAGGGUCAAGGCCAGCUGGAAGCUCCCGUGGAGCCUAUGGCGGUCUUUGAAGACGCAGCAAAUAUAA